GUGCACUCGGGGAGAUAAUGGUACCCGGCUACUCUUAGGGUCCCAUGCGCGUGCACAGCCAGACGCUCUGUGCCUGUGCUAACGGAGAGAGAGGCGGGACGCUGCUUGAGCUUCACACAAGAAGCUCCAAGUUUAGUUAACUUUUUUUAAAUUAGUCUUCGUCUCCACUCGUGUUUCCAGCCAUGGGCUGCUCGAACUCCAGCGCCCAGACCGUCGACCAGGAGAAGAAACCCGGGACGAAGCCGGAGGAGCACAAUGGCGACACGCUGGCGGUCCAAAACGGCGUCAUCAAAUCGGAAGAUGCCCAAACCAUCGAGGACCAGAUGCAGCUGCCUGUGCAGACGGCCCUGCCGGACGACCUCCAGCGGGGAGCCGAUGAUGAGUCGGAGGCCGUGUUGGUAGCCCUGGAGGCCCAGGAGGAUCUGGGCUCCGGGGAGGACCUCCUGGCCGCUCCAGAGCCGGCUCCGGAGACGGCCACUCCGGAUGAAGUCGCUACUGAAGCCGUGGUGGAGGAAGCUGUCCCUGUAGAAGCGGUCGUGGCCACAGAGGAGGCCCCUGUUGUCCAGGCAGAGGCCCCCGCUGCUGUUCUGGAGGAGGUGACCCCCGGGCCGACGGAGGCCUCCCCUGAAGUUGCCGCCCCCGACGCUGAACCUGUUGCACCCGAGCCGGCGGAGGCUCCAGCGAUCGCGGAAGAGGCAGCGGCCGUUGAAGCGGUCGCCCCCGUGGAGGCGGAGGCUCCGACUGACAAUGCUGCACUAGCAGCGAUGGGCUCGACGGCCCCGUGUGAAUCCUCAGAACCAGCCGAAGCUUCGGCACCAGCACCAAGUGAGGCUAAAGCAGAAGGUGAAGCUGCGGCCCCGGCAGAAAGUGUUGUAGUCAGUGAAGCUGCAGCCCUAGUAGAAGCUGAAGCUGCAGCCCCAGUAAAAGCUGAAGCUGCAACCCCAGUAGAAAGUGUUGUAGUAAGUGAAGCUGCAACCCCAGUAGAAGCUGCAGCCCCAAUAGAUGCUGCAGCCCCAGUAGAAGCUGAAGCUACACCCCCAAUAGAAGCUGCAGCCCCAGUAGAAAGUGUUGUAGUAAGUGAAGCUGCAGCUCCAGUAGAAUCCUCCGCAGAAGCAGUGCAGCUUCUGAUAGAUGCAAACAUCGCCGCAGCAACGAUUCCAGAGAUGCCUCCAUUGUCUCCCGUCGCCUCAGCAGAGACCGCCCCACCCGCAGAGGCGCCCUCCUCACCGGCCCCGGGGCCCUCACCCGGAGCUGAGGCCACUCAAGUUACGGAGAGCGAGAAUGCCAACCAGGCGGAUUAAGUUGAGAGAGGGGUCGCACCGUUGUACAGGGGGAGCGAGCAAGAAAGAAAGAACAAAAAGCAGACGGACACAUUUUUUCAGCACCGUCACCAGCGCUCAGCAAACUGACCCCCAGAUGAUUAAUAUGCGCCGUGCCUUUAAUAACAAUGUCACAGUUUUCUACAUUUGUAAAUACAAACUUUUCUUUUCUUCUAUGGAGACCUUAAGUGCCUGGACACACACACACACACACACACACACACCGUGCAAUGGAAGUGAAUCCAGGUCUGCUUCAGGAACACAAGCCAAACAACUGUGAAUAAAAUGAUGCAAGUAGUUUGAGGAGGUGACCAGCACACAGGCCGGGUUUACACUGCCAGCUGCAGCUUUUAUUCAGCUGCAUAAAACAGAUUUUUUAAAAGCUCCCACAUUGUCACAGAUUAAGUUUAUCGGUGUGAAGAAGGCUAAUUUCUGCCAUAAAUCCACUGUCUUCUGGUGUUAUUAAAUUGCAGCCUCCAUUUAAUCAAGAGUGACGGAGUAACAGAGUGUAAUACUGAUGAGCACGACGGUCAACGCCCAUGUUUCCUUACAUAUUUCUGUUUAUAACUCGAAAGGGAAAAUCCUGAUUACCAAAUGUGUUAUUUUUUGCAUAAGGAAGAAAAACAAAAUGCAUCCAGAUGAUAGGAUACAGAAGUGUGGUAACGACAGGAGACCCAGGGGGCGAGGUUGAGAAUGCAGAGGACGGACGCUGACGUGGUCCUGCGGUUCCAUGAAGCCGUUCGGCGCCGUCGGUUCUGUAGCCGGCAGCCGUUAAUAAAAUCGAGAGGCCUCCCCGGGCCCGGCGGCGAUGAUGUCACACACACACACACACACGUGGUUCUGGCUCGAGUGUGUUUACGUAGAUCUCACUUUUGUACUCGCAGUUAUCAAAAUACGCCAUUUAUCUCAAGAUUACAAGGUCAGUAUUGAGUUAUCUUGAGAUUAUAUGGUCAUUGAGUUAUUUUGAGAUUACAAGGUCAUUAUUGAGUUAUUUUGAGAUUACAUGGUCAUUGAGUUAUCUCGAGAUUACGAGGUCAUUAUUGAGUUAUUUUGAGAUUACAUGGUCAUUAUUGAGUUAUCUUGAGAUUACAAGGUCAUUAUUGAUUUAUUUUGAGAUUACAAGGUCAUUAUUGAUUUAUCUUGAGAUUACAAGGUCAUUAUUGAUUUAUCUUGAGAGAACAAAGCUCAUUCAACAAAAGGCAGAUUUCUGAAGAAAUAAUUAUGGGGACUCAAAUGUGUGAUUAAUUAGAUCGGGCCUGGCGUCUGUAGUUAAUGCUUAAUCGUAUUUAUUAGCAGCCAGGCUAUGCUUCUCUUUGAUGUUGACUGAUCUCAACACUCAGGAAUAAGUCAAGUUUUGUUUUCUCUUUAACUGGAAGCAUAUCUCGCUUCAAGAUAAAGAAAAAGAAUGAACUAGUGAUCUCGAUUUUAAAAUAAAAAAAAGGGGGCUGCAAGCACGGCCUCUCUGCUCCUAGUGGAUGUGAUUUUUUAAAUGAUUAUUAGUUAUACAUGCUGUGUCAUUGAAGUGUAACAAUGAUUUCAACUGGAGGGUGUGAUGGACAUUGAGGGAACAAAAUGAUAUCUUUUUUUUAUACUCCUUUUCUUUAUCUGUAAUAUAUUCCUCUUCAUCUAUGAUUCUGCUAACCUAGUGUACAGAAUAAAAGUGUACUCACUAAGA